AUAAUUUAUUUAAGUUCUUUUCUCUUUGUAUUAUGUUUUUAUUUCUAUUUUUCUACUUUAUGAUUUUAACAUUGAAUCAAAAUAGGAAGUUAGGGAACUAAAUUGAAAUGAGGAUCUCAUAGGAGUUGUGUUUUUUUCUUGUAAUUUUUUGGUUAUUUUUCUAGGAAACAAAAUUCAUGUGAGAUUUAGGUUGCUUUGUUUGGAUGCCGAGAAAAUGUAGGAAAAUGAAGAGCAAAAUUUCUGGAGAAAGUUGAGAGGAAGAUUAAGAUUUUCUGAACAUAGUUUUGAGCAUCUAAUGGCAUCAUCAGAUGAAGAGGGUGAGAUUGUUCCGAAUUAUGUUGAUUGUUAUUGGUUUGAAAACGAUAAGGCGGAGUUUGUGUCAUUUUUUAGUUUGACAUUAUUGUGGAGCAUUAACGAGGUCGAAUGUGACUCGGAAACGAAAGUGUUUCUGCGUGGUACAACUGAUAACGGUCUCCAGAAAAUUCACAAACAUAUAACAGGAUGGAGAUUUGAACUUUCCAGUGGUCAGCCUAAGAUUUCAGUGCUUUCGAGGGAGAAAUACUGGAUAACACUUCAGAAACCAAGAAAAUGCUUCGAAACUAUGAUUAGGACGGUCUUGGUCACAGUUUAUUGGUUGCAUUUUGUGAAAUGGAAUCCAGAGGAAUCAAGAAUAUCGAUUUGGAACAAAAUGUCGAAGGAAUUUAGUUCAUAUGAUGUUUCACCAUCUGAGAGUGAUGUUCUAAAUCAUAUGACAUUGAUUAGAGAUGCUGCUAAAAGGGACACAGAUUUAACAAAAUCUAAGUAUUUGUUUAAUUUCAUAGAAAAGACAUGUUCAAAGGAAGGCUUCCUUGAGGAUAUUUACACUACAAAGAAAUUAAAAUUUGUAGUUGACUCAGAGGAAGAGGAGGAGGAGCAGAAUGACAAAUCUGACGGAGAACUCAACGUAGAUGAAGAACAAAAUAUUGGCUACGAUACUGUUUGUGCAAUUUGUGAUAAUGGUGGUGAAGUACUUCCUUGUGAAGGAAGAUGUCUGAGAUCCUUCCAUGCAACCAUAGAGGCUGGAAAAGAUUCAUAUUGUGCAUCUCUUGGUUACACUAUUACUCAAGUUAAUGCCUUUCCAAACUUCUAUUGUGAAAAUUGUAAAUAUAAGAAGCAUCAAUGCUUUGCAUGUGGAAAAUUGGGUUCAUCUGAUGAAUCAUCUAAUGCAGAGGUAUUUCCUUGUGUUACUGCAAAUUGUGGUCACUAUUACCAUCUUGAAUGCGCUGCAAAGCUACUCAACCCUGGCAUUGACAUCGAACAAAUGGAAAUGAGAAAGAGGAUUGCCACCGAUAAAACAUUUGUCUGUCCACUUCAUAUAUGUUCUCUAUGCAAACAAGGUGAAAAUAGAAAUGUUCAUGAUUUGCAAUUUGCGAUGUGUAGACGCUGCCCCAAGGCAUACCACAGGAAAUGCUUGCCAAAGGAAAUUUCUUUCACAUUUGACUAUCUGAUGGGAAUUGAGCAGAGGGCUUGGGAUAAUCUGCUUGACAAACGAAUUUUGAUGUAUUGCUUGGAUCAUGAGAUAGUUAUGGAACUUGGAACUCCUGCUAGAAACCAUCUGAUAUUUCCCGAUAAGGAAGUCAAAAGGAAGAUAAGCAGUUACAAUUUAUUACAAAAAGAGAAGGUUGAUAUUUCAUCUAGGAAAAGUUUCGAAGAUCUUCCUCCUAACAAGACAUUGGUGCCAAAGCUAAUUAUAAAGCAAAAAGUUGGUCUUCAAAGUAAUGGUUCUUCAAAAGUUAUGGUGAAAAUACGCUCUAAGCCAGAUACAAAUUUGUCCACUGGACCAGUCGAGCUUGACAGGACUAGAAAAUAUAUGAAGGUUGAAACGACAUCUGCGUCAAAUAGGCCCUUACCGAAUUCUGAAAACGGAAAGCCUUUCAAAAAUGAUAACUUGCAGUGUAGUCAAAGACUUCUUGAAGCUAGACCACAACAGCAAAAAUCCGUUAGUAGAAUUGAAGAAACAAGGUUAGCGAAACCUUUGGUAAAAAAAGUCAAAAUUUCACCGGAAGUUUGGAAUGCAAAUAUGGAAAAACGAAUUUUGUUUUUAAUGGAAGAAGCCACGUCUGCAUCGAACUUGGAAGAAUUUAAAAAGAACCGUCAAGUCUUCUCUACGAGUUCGUGUUUCACACAAACUGUAUUUGAUAAGACUCUUACUCAAGGAAAAGUUGAGGGUUCUGUUAAGGCUAUUAAAAUAGCUUUACAAAAGUUAAAUGAAGGAUGUAGUAUUGAGGAAGCAAAAGCUAUUUGUGACCCAGAAAUCAUUCGUCAGAUUUUUAUUUGGCAGAAGCAGCUCAAGGUCUAUCUUGCACCUUUUCUUCAUGGCAUGCGAUAUACUUCAUUUGGUCGCCAUUUCACUAAAAUAGACAAAUUGAAGGAGAUUGUUGAUAGGCUUCAUUGGUAUGUGAAAAGUGGUGACACGGUUUUGGACUUCUGUUGCGGUGCAAAUGACUUCAGUUGUCUAAUGAAAUCAAAGCUUGAACAGACUGGGAAGCUAUGUUCAUAUAAGAACUAUGAUUUAAUCCAAGCUAAGAACGAUUUCAACUUCGAAAAGAGAGAUUGGAUGAGUGUCAAGGCCGAGGAAUUACCCGACGGUUCUCAGCUUAUCAUAGGGCUGAAUCCUCCUUUUGGGGUCAAGGGUUCUCUUGCUAACAAAUUUAUUAACAAGGCAUUGACAUUUAAGCCAAAACUCCUUGUACUUAUUGUGCCAAAAGUAACAAAAAGACUUGACAAAAAGAAAGGUGGAUAUGAUUUAAUUUGGGAGGAUGAGGAGAUAUGUUCAGGAAAGUCAUUUUAUCUACCUGGUUCAGUCGAUAUCCGAGACAAGCAAUUGGAAGACUGGAACUUGAAGCCGCCGCCUCUUUACCUUUGGAGUCGCCCUGAUUGGACUAUUAGGCACAUGGAAAUUGCUCAUGUUCAUAGCCACAUCAAAUAUGUUGUGUGCAAUAAUAAUAAUAAAGGAAAAGAAGUAACAAAUUAUCUUCUGGAGGAGAAUCAUGAUUGUUAUCAAAAUUACCAAGGGUUACAUGCACCUGAUAAUUUUUUAAGCAUAUUUGAUGGUGUUCCCGAUGAUAAUGGUGACAUUGUACUAGAGCACGGUGCAAAAAGCUUUCCUUGAAGGAGACAAUAUUUUUUGUGGAUUUCAUUGUAUAUGUUGAAGAUGAAGAAAUGUUUUUUGAUAUGAAAUUAUCAUAUCUUGAAUGAGAGGAUCAUUGGGUGUAGAAACAUUCCAAUGAAAAAAUGGGAAAAAGAAGUUAUUGGAUAAAGUAUCAAAUAGUUUAUCGUGAGUAACACUUUAUGUUAUAGGCUAAACUAAUGUGUUUUGCUGAUGAUAUAGAAUGAUACUUGACAUGAGCAGAUUGUGAGCAUGUAUAUUUUCUCUUGUAAUUUUAGACAAAUACUAUGCUAACUUACUACUACGUUACCACAAGAGAAAUUGCAAAGCAAGUACUUCUAUUUUUUAUUCCA